UACACCACUGGUUACGCAUUCGCGUUGCCGCCGCGUUCAAACCUGCUUUUUGAUGAACUCAUUGUUGCUUUAAGCAAACCAAUUACCUACUUGCCUUCAUAGGCUCUCCAUCGAUGUUACAGGGUCAAAGCCCGUUCAAAAACUGACUAGGAAGCGGCACCCUGAAUGCGUCAUACUUUACCAUCGAUAAAGACGUACCACCGUGCCUAACACACCACAACGAAUCACAGAAAAAGAAACACUCUAUUGAUUUAGUUGUUCAGUCUUCCAUAUGUAUCAUUACUCAUUCAACCAUGAUCAAAAUAGCGUUUUUCUUCUUUUCAACUGUUUUUGCGAAACUAGAGAAUCCAAAGUAUGAUUAUAUUUUUCAUGAAACGUUUAACAGUUUGCAAGAGGUUCCUAAGUUGAGCGUUCCUGUGCCGAGUGUGGAUGCUUGGGUUUUGGGCUUGAAUAGAGACGUGGAUUCGUUGAGGUUGAGACAAGUGUCGGGAGAAGAGGUCAGGGAGGUGUUUGGUCGUCAGUUGAACGAUGGUCCCAGUCAUCGUCAGCCCAGGAAGAGCAAAGGAGCUAAGAAGCCGUCGAGACCCAUUCUUAAAGUCGACGAGAAAGCUAUGCUUGCUGAAAUUAUGAGAGUUAUAAACAAAUUCGCUCUUACUACACAUGAUGAAGCUGAAAUGAACAUAGACGAUGCAGAUCGGGGCCUGCCUUCGAUAAAGUUAUACUUCAAAGGCCUUCACACCUCGCUGAUAGUCCGAGCGGUAGGAAGACAGUGGCACUACAUCAUCGGUCCCCCCUCUCUUUUCCCCGAGUGGUUCUACCACGACCACGAAAUCCAGGAAGACGAAGUCGGACCAUACGUGGAUGUACCUAAACAUGUGACUGGAGAAUUUUAUAACGCUUUGUUUCAUUUGUUGACUAUGUUUUUGAGUUUUCCUGUUUAAUCCAUGAUCAAGAUCAAAAGAGACGAAAUGAUAGUAUAGUUUUUCUACAAAA